GUUAAACAGCUUAAUUAUCUCACUUUCUGUAGAGUUAUAACAAAUGUCAAACAUUUUUCUAUCAUCAGGUUUUUAAACAUACUAAUUUUAUUUUAAACACAACUGUAUACAAUGUGUUUUGUAUUUAUUUUUAAAGACAAAUCAAAUAAAAAGAAACAAACAAUCAUAAAGACAAAAUAAAAGCAACACCAGAGACAUUAAGAAAUAUGAGCCAAUUUGUCUUCCUAAACUUAAUGCAUAGUCUUAAUCUUAUAGUCUCAAAUUACCGUACUACUGAAAAAACAAACCAAAAAUAGGAAUUGGAGAUUGGAACAGUUUUUCUUCCCCCAAAAUAAGGAAUAUCAGACAUAAGGACAAUAAUAACAAAGGUAAAACAUUCCCAGAAUAUGACCACAAAUUGAAGAUAACAAGCAAAUGGUACAUAAAAAAGCAAAUAUUUGUAACACACAAAGAAAAUACAUUAGUAAAUAAACAUUUACGGAGAAAUCUAAAAUGCCAACAAAAGACCACAAUAUCCUAUUAAAAACCCACACGCAGAAAUUUCUUUCACAAGUGCCUUUAGUAAAUUUAAAGGCAGGAUCUUUCAUUGUUUCCUUCUGUAAAGCAAUUAUACAUAUUUGAGAAAGGGGGCCAAUGUCUGAACCAGACAUUAACCACCAUCACCUUUAAGCCCACACCAUUUUAAAGUUGGAGAUAUUACUGGUUAGUGGGCUCCCGUAGAACUACAAACCAUAAAUAUGUGUAAUUUACUCAAAGUCCAGCAGAGGUCGCUGUCUUUCUCUUCAUUCUGUUGCAUGCAGCCUCCAGCUGUUUCUCAACCUCCCCUUGAAAACAUAAUCAGGUGAAGUCAUAAAAGUUAAAUCCUAAUUAUGCUUAUUUUGUUUUAGAACUCAUUGUGGGGCAUAAUUAUUAACUAAACAAGGAGGAUUUAAUGACUAUGGUAAUAACAUGUUAUUAGCAGACAUCAGAUUCGGUUUGUAAUAACAAUAAUAAUCGAUCUUGUUGAGGAAGUUUUGCAUUUUGUUCAUUUUACAUUAAAAAUCUACCGCAGCAUCGCCUCACGACUUAUUUUUCUCUCCCAUCAUGCUGUGCGGCUUGAGGGCUUCGUGUGCGCGCGCUGUCUGUGGUGCUGAAGCUGCGCGUGCCAUCCACAAGAGCAUCCGUCCGCGAGAUCAGAACGAGGAAUUCUGUUUUCGACGGUUGCAACAUUUGGGAAUUUCAGGAUGUUUACUCCUGCUUCUUUUAGCGCUUUUUCGCGUUUUUGAAGCAUUUAAAGUGACAAACACAGCAGACGCGUCUGGAGCCCUUUCCCGUCACUUCGGUGCCGCCUGCCUGCCCCGCAGAUACCGCAUCCUUUAUGCACAGCACGCUGCUCCGGUCCUCCCCGACGAAACACACCGAGCACAAUGGCCCGCUCCAGCUGCGUUCACUGAGGGAUAUGGAAGCCAAACAGCACCCGAUAAAAAGCCUCAAGAGCUUCCCGGAGACCGGCGGUCGUAGCCUGGUAGCGGCCGCCGGAGGAGGAGGAAGUGGUGGAGGAGGUGGAGGAGGAGGAGGAGGAGGAGACGGCGGAUACCGAGCCGGCUCGGCCGAAAUGGAGAUGGAGCUGAAGAUCCAGAAAGCCAUCGACUUCAAGGCGGAGGGUCACCGCUGCUACAAGGAGAAGAAAUUCCGGGAGGCGAUCGGCAAGUACCACCGUGCCCUGCUCCAGCUCAAAGGGGUUCAUUUGGUGGACGGGACGACGGGCUCCGAAGUCAACCUGCUGAGUCAAGCCGCGGCCAAGCUGACCGAGGAGCAACGGAGAGCCGUGGAGAUCACCGAGAUCGAGUGCUACGACAGCCUGACAGCAUGUCUGUUGCAAUCUGAGUUGGUAAACUACGAGAGAGUGAAGGAGUACUGUCUGAAAGUGCUGAGCCAUCAGAGGGACCACUUUAAGGCCAUGUACCGAGCCGGCAUCGCCUUCUAUCACCUGGGAGAUUAUGAAUGCGCGUUACGCUACCUGCGCGAUGCUAAGAACCGCGAACCUACAGACACCAACGUGCUUAGAUACAUCCAGCUGACAGAGAUGAAGAUGAGUAAGAACGGACAGCGGGAUCGAGAGAGCGGCAAGGAGACCCAGGGCUAAUCUAUUCCAACCUUCUGACCCUGUGUUCCCUUUGACCCUUUUCGCAUUCCUACUCUGACCCCUCCUCUUUCCUCCUCUCCUGACAGCAGCACAGACAGAACAGACCCAAUCACCCAGCUGGUGGUGACACACAAACAGGGCACAUAUCAAGCACUGGUCUGCUACUUUCUCCUCUUUGCUACUUUUGGUUUCUCCCUCAGGGGCUUUGGUUUUCCUCCCUAGACACAAUCAGCAGCCUAACAUGAAGAAAAUCAACAAAAAUCAAACAAAAGACGAAACUAUAUUAUAAUCAUAGAAACUGUCCUAGUGCUGGAGUUAAAAAGGAGCUUCAAAAACCUGCAUAUGAACCACGGACAUUCGGUUGAUUUAGGAAAUGUUAUCCCUUUUUUCUCUCUGCCUUCUUUCUCCAAACUCUUGAGGAGAAUUUUGGGAUUGGGAAGCUGGACCACACUGGCAGGAGGGCAGGGGUGUGUGUGCAUGUGGGCGGAGACCGUUUGAAGCAUAAGGGAUGGGUGUGUGUGACACAUAUCAUGACUGCAGCCCAUUGUGAUUGUACAUCCUAAAUGAACAGGGCUCACGUCUGGCCCUUACACAGACUAUAGACAGACCAGCAGGAGAAUCUUCAUCCAGAAGAGAAAAGAAACUGCCUCUGUACUAAAUCUGUCAUUACUCUGUCCAACUUCUCUGCCAUGCAUCUCAGUUUCUAGACUGUUUUUUUUUUCAAUUUAAGGGCUAAUUCAAGCGUUUGUAACUCUUCAUUAGGGGUUUCAGUUUGCUGUCAUGCUCAGUAGUAUGUGAGGUGUUUGUUUGCAGCAAAGAGGCAAAAUUCACAAGCGGUUCUUGUCAUCAUCCUGUAUGCUAUUGUGGCGAGAAAAAAAAAGUCUACGUGUCUUGAAUCUGUCGUCUGAAGCCGCUCCCGGAUCGUGUGUUGUGUUCAUGUUGCUGGGAACAUCCAGGCCCCUCGUCUUCCUCCCAAUGACCCCCCCAGUUCACCUGUUAAUGAUGUCACAACGGAAAAUAGCCAAUGAUUUUGGGAGGUCCACCAAACCUCCGUUGGCUCGUUGGACUCACACUUUUCCUAAUGGUCCAACCUUUUACCGCUAAUGCUGAAACUUCCCAGUCAUUGCUGAGACACUGAGGAGACUCUGGGCAGUGUCAGUGCAGGGAAAACAUUCUCUCACCCUCAUAUCGGUCCAAACCACAACCCUAAAGCACUCUGCUUCAAACCAGAGAGCCAUUUGAGAUUUCUCUUGCUUUCAGUUUACUGUGUGCUGAUAGACAAACACGGCUGUAAGGGCACGCAGUUUAGCAUCAGAUACUACUGACAGUGUAGUUUUUGCAUAUCCAUUACCGGCUGUCAAAACUCCGCUGCUGCUUCUGUUGUGACUCGUGAAGCUUAAUCAUUGAAAAUGCAAAUCUUGUAUUUUUUUCUGAUAGCUUUUCUGCAGGUUUAGAUCUUUCUGAGUUUUUCUGCAAAGGGUUGGAAUGAUCAUAGGUGAAAGCAUGACCUUAAUUACCCAUCGACUCCAAUUUAAUGAAACCCAGUUUUUCCUUAUUCCUUUUGUGCAAGCCCACGUUCUGCAUGUAAAGUGUGGCUCCUGAGGGUAAUUUCAGAAGUUUCUGAUGGAGAAUUUAUUGGCUCUAUUGCUUACUGUCAUGGCAUGCUGCCACUCAAAUGUUUGCUCAUGCAAUCUGUUUAGCUCUUCUCUAAACUAAGAAGGUGGUGACUGAUCACAACAGUAGAAGAGGUAUACAAUAUCUCUGCAUUGUAUUUGCUAAUUUACAAAGGUGGGAGAUUAUUUUAUUUUCGAAACCUGGAGUUAGAGGAGAAAAUCAGAUGCUGGGACAGAGUUUAAUUUAUUGGCCUAGUAUAAGGGAGAAAAGGACCUACAGUAAGUGUGUCAGUGGCACUCUGGAGAGACGACACCAUGAGUUGAGGAGACCAGCAUGAUACAUGGAGGCUCCAGGGGAAGGAGAAGUAGGCCAUCAUCAGCUCAAGAUAAGCAGCUGCACCCCUUAGAAAACAUGCAGGGAGGUUUGAAACUUAAUGUAUCAUUUAAAAUUGCAUGACCAAAAAUAAGUGGGUACAUGACAAUUUUCACAAAACUGAUCUGCAGCUAAAGUAUCUCAGCCUCUGCUGAGCAGGAAACAUCUUUAAAGAGCCUGACUGCUGGAUAAAGAUUUGUUUUCAACCAUGAGACCUUUUUCAGAUGUUCAAUUAAUAGAAAAACUGAGCUGUUUUCCUUGUCAGAAACAAGUAUUCAUACCCCUUGAGCUUUCUCACGUUUUUUUUUUUUGCAUUACAACCACAAAGUUUAAUGUGUUUUAGUAGCACUUUAUGUGAUA